AUGGUGAGGGAGCUUCUGCAGUCAGGGCUGAUAAGGCCAAGCAACAACCCAUUCUCAUCACCGGUUUUGCUAGUGAAGAAGGCUGAUGGAGCUUGGUGGUUUUGCGUGGAUUACCGAACACUGAACGACAUCACUGUUAAAAACAAGUACCCCAUUCCUGUGAUUGAUGAAUUAUUAGAUGAGCUCCACGGGACCAAAUUCUACUCCAAACUGGAUCUACGGUCGAGGUACCAUCAGAUUCGGGUACAAGAAGAAGACGUUUCUAAGACGGCUUUCCGGACACAUGAAAGGCAUUAUGAGUUCUUAGUGAUGUCGUUCGGCUUGACCAAUGCACCUGCAACUUUUCAAAGCCUCAUGAACGACCUCUUCCACCCAUACCUCCGGAAAUUUAUUUUGGUCUUCUUCAACGACAUUAUGGUUUUCAAAAUCAUGGGAAGACCACCUAUCUCAUUUGAGAAUUGUUCUAACACUAUUAUCCUCUCACAAAUUAUUUGCAAAAAUGUCAAAAUGUCAAUUUGGUGUUUUGCAAGUCGAGUACUUGGGUCAUGUGAUUUCAGAGCAAGGCAUGUCAGUUGA